GUGAAGAAGCGAAACAACCAUGCAGUGAUAAAGGACAAAAUGGACAAGACUUUUUCACUACGAAGACAGGACGUUGUGGGAAAGGAAUCAGGAGUGGAAGAGAUGAAAGAGAGAUGGCCUGCAUUGUUCACAAUGGAUGAGGUCAAUGCUGAAUUCAUGAGGAUCACAACUGUUCCACUUCAACCGCGAUUCCUGGCUUCCUUGGACAAGCACCACAGCAAGCUGAUUGACAUCAUCAGAAACAAGGGAGGAGUUGUCAGGGAGAAGACCCGGAACAUACUGAAAGUUCUUGAUCAAAGCCUCGAGGUGAAUCAAAAAAGAGAGUGUCUGCUGAAGUGCCUUAUUCUGUACCUUGGGGAAGAUGUGGAUAAACUUAUCAAGGAGUAUCUGGUUGUGCAGAAGGAUGAAGCUGAAACCGAGCUUGAGAGGUGUACAAUGGCAGUGUUUGUCAUCAGGGAGGAGGAGGAUCCUCUCCAGCCACCACAUGACAUUGGGAUUGUUCUUGAAGGUGUGGAAGUCCUUAAUGAGUUGCCAUCGGUCGCACAUGCAUGUGCCAUGUUAUUUGGCUUCAUCUAUGCUCUAAACUUGAGCUAUCCAGGUGAGCUCAAAUACACUUUUGAUGCACUACAGAAAAUAUUCAUGGAGAUAGAGCCAAAGAAAAUGACACGCAAAGUGUGCAGUCUGAGUGUCAAGCUCUAAAUACUGGAUCAAUCAAGAAAGACAUUUGGAUACAGCAUGUUUUUUGUUCUGUUUUAUAGCUUGUAUUCAAAUACAUUCCAAGAUGAUGGAAGAGUUUCAUUGUUAAUUGUAAAUAAGAGAGAGAAACAGACUUUAAUUCAAAACUGGCUCCAGAGGAUGCAUUGCCAGCAAAAAAAAAGUGGAAAGGCCAACGACAUACCUAACAGAGACUGUCACUUUUAAGUGAUGUGAA